AUGGAAGCGUUUGAAGCCGAGUUGGCCAAAGCAACAAAUCUUGGUAAUAGGGACUUGCUGGGUGCCGUUGCUAUAGUUAUUGACAACAAAGGUGAGACAGAGCUUUUCCUUGCGAGUGCUGAAAUGCGAAACUUCUUAUACCGACAUGCUGCUGGACGUCAAUUACUUGAUACCGACUCGCCGCCCUUGGAUCCUGAUUGCACUAUAUCGCUCACCUCGGCUGGCAAGUUCCUCACUAAUAUCGCGGCCUUGCAAUUGGUCGAACGCGGUAUUUUGAUGCUCGACGAGCCGAUUAGCAAACAUGUUCCUGAGAUUGAGAAAUGCCUGCUCGUCGAGAAGAUUGAUGAAAAAAUACGGCUACGCUCCCCAAUCCGCGGCGUUACACUGCGCGAUCUACUCUUGAAUAUGAGUGGUAUGGGCACCCCCGAUACGUACCAAGAACGGUUUGGCAGCGAGGAUAGAGUACCACCACUGGAAUUUCCCGAUAACGCCCAUCCCUUAGUCAAGAGUCAAUUUACGCACCUCGUCUUUGAGCCCGGUGAGGGCUUUGAGUACGGAUGGAGUGUCUAUUGCGUACAGCUACUCGUCGAGCGGGUUGGCGAUAAGGAUUCGUUCGUCCAGUACAUCGACCACUAUAUCUUCAGUGUACUUGGCAUGACCGCUUCUACCUACCUACCGAAACUUGUGCCGCAUGUCUGGAAGCGUCGCCUACAGAUGGUAGAGCGUAAGGCAAAUGCCUCUACGACGGACGGCAAAGCCUGCCUCAUGGCCCGUGACAAGGACACAUAUGGCCUGACCUGCAGUGUAUCCGAUAUUUCCCGGCUCUUUAGCGAUAUUAUGUCGCCGGAUUGCAAGCUGCUACAGCGCCAAGAACACCGUGAUUUGCUUUUCACGCCGCAGUUGACUCCCGGUAGCCAUGCACACCAGUCGCUGCUGGCCGAAACUACAAACUAUGGCUUCCUGCUCCCCCUCGAACAGGACGUGUCCCAUAAGGUAUCAUGGGCAUUAAAACCAUCUCCGGCCAUUAACUGGACCGCGGCGGGCGUACUUAUUGAAGAGGAUAAUACCAUCCCAGGAUCAGGCAUCCCUAAAGGGACUGUUGCAUUUGAAGGGAAUCCCAAUAUCAUCUGGACUAUGAAUCGCGAAAAGGGGCGUAUGAUGCUUUUCGUUACCCAGUUGCUGCCCGGCUACGAUGUAAAAGCACACAAUCUUGCGGUUCGGUUUUUGUAUGACGCUUGGAAGACGUUUGGCUAG